AUGAGUUCCGCUACAUUAAAUGGUGUAGGCUCUGUCCUCAAGUCACCAGUUCCGAAGAUUAUUGAUUUGGUGACCGAUGAUGAAGAUUCUAAAGUUGAUGAUGCAGCGUUACAUGGUGACUCGCGUGAUAAUUCACGUGGCAGGUCGCACCACCAAAAUGCAGUACCACGGGACCUUGACGAAGCUUUGAGUGCGAAUGAAAGCGACUCAGAAGAUGAACUGGAAUUGAAAAAAGAAGAAGAAGAAGAUGAUGAUGAUGACGAUGACGACGAUGACGACGACGACAAUAAUAGCUUUCUUGAAGAUCUCAUAGAAGGUUUGACUGAAGAGGAUUUAUUAGAAGACAGUCAAUUCAAUCCUGAGCUAUGUUCUCGUGAGGAAGGAGAGAGAUAUCGUCGCGAUCUUCGAAGACUCGGACCUCAAGAAUUCUGUCGAACUACUGUGGAAUCGGGCACUGUUACUGCUAAAAAGCUCUUGACUGCGUUUGCUAUCCGCCCACCAAGCUUUCUUGAAGGCCGACCCGAUGAAGAUUACUAUGAAAUUUUAAGUCACGCUUUACGCCGUGAAUUAUCAAAGCGUGUGAAGCUUCAACAGUAUAACAGUGUCGAUGAUGCCAUAGAGCUCAUCAGAAAUGCUAAGAAGAUCAUUGUCCUCACUGGCGCUGGUAUUUCCACUUCUCUUGGCAUACCCGAUUUCAGAUCUGCAAAUGGAUUGUAUGCGCAAAUGGCACAUCUAGGUCUUACCGAUCCUCAGGAUGUAUUCAACAUUGAACUGUUCCAAGAGGAUCCAACGAUCUUUUUUGGUAUUGCCAAGGACAUUUUGCCAUCACUUGGUCGAUUCUCCCCAACCCAUAAAUUCAUCUGGCUUUUACAGAACAAAGGCAAAUUACUCACCAAUUACACACAAAAUAUUGACGACAUUGAAAGUGCGGCGGGAAUCCUUCCGGAGAAUCUCAUUCAGUGUCAUGGAUCGUUCGCAACCGCCACAUGUCAAAAGUGCGGACAUAAGGUGAAAGGAGACAGAAUUACCGACGAGAUCAAAGCUGGCCAUAUACCACGAUGCAGAAAGUGCAUACUCACUGCCCGGCCAACCCAAACCAUCAAGCGCAAGAGAACUUCGAACGGUGGUGAGAAGAAGCGUCGUCGAUACAGCGAUGAUGAUGAUAGCGUCGAAGACGAUAUUCCCGAAGCUGGCAUCAUGAAACCGGAUAUUACCUUCUUCGGCGAACAACUACCCGACACUUUCUCCGACCGACUAAGCAAACGCGACAGGGAUCAAGUCGACCUUGUAAUCACCAUCGGUACAUCAUUAAAGGUAGCGCCAGUCAGCGAAGUGGUGCCAUAUCUCCCCAGCCACGUACCGCAAAUUCAAAUCAAUCGUGACCCCGUCCGUCACGUCGACUUCGAUAUCGACCUUCUCGGCGAUUGUGAUAUCGUCGUCGUGGAACUGUGCAAGGCUCUAGGAUGGAACCUCGAGCAUGAGAUGAUUCCAGAAGAUCAGAAAAUUGACAUAGCCCCAGUCCCCGGACAUCCCAGUCGUCACACAUUCAAGCAGAAGAACCCCGAGAUUGAUUGA